AUGCUCGAUAAAAUCCAAACGACUUCUGCCAGCUGCGCCUUCCACUCGCUAGAUGGCGUCGCAACUGAAAGUGAAGGUGUUCGCUUUAUUCGUCUCCGAGAAGAUGCCCAAGUUGGCAAGGAAAUACUACGUCUACAGGCCUAUCCCCGCUCCAGCGUGGCCCUUAAGGCCUCCGAUGCCAGUGGAGAUCACAAGUACUUCAAUCUGACGGAACAUAAUGCAACCACCUUGGUGGUAUCCCUGGCACGUUCCCUGGAGCGUCUAGUCGAUCGUGAUGUGCCCAAGAAUCUGCUCAAGUUUCGCAUUCUCUGCGCGGGCAAACACGAAAAACUAGAAGAAGGUAGCUAUCUCUCGAUCACGGUCUACAUUGAGGAUGUCAACGACAAUGCACCAGAGUUUCUCAAUGUGCCCUAUGUCGUUGAUGUCGAUGAAAAUACUUCGGUUGACAGCAUCAUCUUUGAUGGUGUACAGGCCUUUGAUCGCGAUAAGCCCAACACUCCCAAUUCCGAGGUACAUUUUAGCAUGUCGACGGUACCGGAGCAACUCUCAGCCGACGGAAGACCAUACUUUGCCUUAAAAAGUCCCCACAGACCUUUGCUCAUCCUCAAAAGAGAACUGGACUUUGACAAUGGCAUCAGACAGUUUAAACUGCCGAUCUUUGUCUGGGAUCGUGGAACUCCAGCGAACCAAGCCAACACAACGAUCACAAUCAAUGUGCGGGAUGUGGAUGAUCUGCCACCCAAGUUUACCGAGGGUGUCUAUAGAACCAAGAUCAAUGAGUUCUAUCCCAUGACAGGUGUGGCAAUUCGCAUACCCCUCUACUUUGCCCCACCGAUCAUGGCAUUCGAUCAGGACUCUCUGAAUGCGACGCUCGUCUACGACAUCAUUUCGGGAAAUGAGCGACAACUGUUUCGGGUAAAUCCCCACAAUGGCGUUAUGUAUCUACAAAAAGAGAUUGAUCUGGAGGAGGAAAGUCUGCCGGGCAAUACAUUUGUGGUUCAACUGGAGGCCCGACAAAAGGAGAAUCCCCUAAAGAAGGCACUGGCGCGCAUUGAGAUAGAGGUGCUUGAUCUGAACGAUAAUGUGCCAGAGUUUGAGGCCGAUUUUUACAACAUUUCGAUUGUGGAGAAUCUUCCGACGGGCUUUAGUGUUCUGCAGGUGAAUGCGAUCGAUCGUGAUCAGGGUGAGAACGCGGAGUUUCUAUAUAAUCUCGUGGAAAACAAGACAGCAGCAGGUGCAUUUCGAAUUGAUUCAAGAACUGGCUGGAUAACGGUACGCGAUGAUCGAUUACUCGAUCGGGAGCAACGUAGAUCCAUCCAGCUGAAAGUGGAGGCAUUGGAACGGAAUCCCUCCUAUCUGGACGAUAAGCAUCUGAAGAAACCGGGUCCUAGUAUGGUUCUAGUGGAGAUUACAUUGUUGGACAGCAACGAUAAUAAUCCCAAGUUCGAUCAUGGUAAUCUGUAUGAGUUUAAGGUGCCCAUAACAGCAGCUGUGGGUUCGAAGAUCGGUCGAGUUGCUGCCCACGAUCCAGAUGAGGGUCCCAACGGGCAGCUGCUCUACGAACUGCAGCGACCCAAAGGUAGUGGCUACAUUCCCUUUCGAUUGGAUAGUAAGAACGGAACGAUCUACGUGGCUGGACCUCUACGACGAGGUCGCAUAGCGGUGUUUGUGGAAGCCAGCGAUCAGCCCUUGAAUCCCUCAGAGCGUCGCUUUUCCUUGGCUGUCAUUACCAUUGAAGUGUAUGCCACAAUUGAUGAUCAGGCUAUUGAUUUUGUCGGAGCACCCUAUGAAUUUUGGGUGGGUGCAAAUACACCGCUGGGCACAUCUGUAGGUCAAGUGCGCACCACAUUGAUAUACGAUGGCGAGGACGAGAUCAUGUACGAUCUUUUGCACACAUACUCAGAAGGUGUACCCUUUGCGAUCGAGGAACGAUCAGGCAUCAUUACAGUCAUUCGAGAAUUGAUCGAGUUCAAGCGACAAGUCUACAACUUUGAAGCGGUUGCCAACUAUUUAUUUGCAAAUUCCUCCCAGCCACUGAUCGUGUCGCGAAGUUCUCUGCCACUGACAACAGCCGCCUCUACAGAACUUAGCGACGAGGGAGUUCUGAUCACGAACCUUACCAUACAUAUUGUCAACAAACCGGAGCCUGAGAAGGUGUCCUUACGACCUGUCAUUGAAGAGAUCAACAUGAACAUAAUCAAUUUCCAUGUGGAGGAAAAUCUUGUAGGCGGCAUUAUUGGACAGCUGCUCUACAAGAAUGCGCUCAACGUGGCUACCAAUGAGCUGGGCACAUUUCGAGGACUCACCACAGCUGUGGGAAGUACAAAUUCAAGUGGUAACCUCACCGUGGGAAAUCGCUUUCGCAGUCGCAAUCGCAGUCGCAAUUCGAAAGCGAAGAGACGACUUCCACGACGUCUUGCUGCGGACUCGAAUCUGAAACUGCGCUACAUUAUAGCCAAUCAGCAGGAGGUGAUCAAUAAGAUCACCAUCUCUGAGGAUGGCACACUCUUGACCCUAAUUGGACUCGAUCGGGAGCAACAAGCCAGCUACGAGCUGACGGUGAUCGUGGAGUACAGCACGGGCUUGGUGAGCGGUGCAGGAAUUUAUCAGGUGAACAUAAAGGUGGACGAUGUCAACGAUAAUGCACCCAAGUUUAAUGGGCUCACUUAUGUUGGAUUAAUCAACGAGAAUUGCGCUGUGGGGACGGAGCUGUCUAUGAAUCAGGCUAUACAAAUCACCGAUGCCGACGAGGGAAUCAAUGCCGAGUUUCGAGUGCAACUCCAGGGCGACUACAGUGAUCAGUUUAGCAUCGAGUACAUAAAUGCCAGCGCUGUGGGAAAUGGUAGUCAACAUAAGCUACCUUCUACGACGGGCGCCUUUAACAUCUUUAAUCUGACCGAUCAGUGGAACGACGAGUUCAAAUAUCAGGAACUUCACACCAGUUUCAUGCAGUCCAAUUUUAAGCUGAGUUCCGGACCCUAUUUCCGCAUCAGCUACAUCGGCAAACGUGGCUUGGAUCGGGAGAAGCAACAGCUUUAUAAUAUGAAGAUUGUGGCUGCAGACAGCGGAGGUCUUACAGGUUAUGCUCAUCUCACAAUUCUUGUGGCAGAUGUCAAUGAUAAUGGUCCCAUUUUCGAGCGUAUUUCGGUCUUUAAGGACUCGCGAUUGGAGAUACGCGAGUAUAAUACGGAUAUGGAGAUCUACUUUGUGGAGAGCUCAAAUGGCAUGUUUCUACCUCCGGCUGCAGCAGCCAGCAUGAUGUUAGCUCCACCUCCGUAUCACAUUCCCGGCUCGCCACGUCUGCACAUGGACAGGGAGAAGGGCAUAGGAUCGGGUUUGGGAGUCGGAGUAGCAGCUGGAGCUGGAGUCGGUGUGGUAGGACGCUCGAAAUCCAGACGUCGCACUGCCAGAGCUACAACAAUCAAGUGUCCCCUGUUUGCGGUAUAUGAGGAUACUCCUGUGGGUUCUAAGUUGCUCCAGUUGAGUGCCAGCGACGAGGACUUUGGCAAGAAUGCCCUGCUCCACUAUGAGCUCCAAGGUGAGCAGGUGGAACGUACUCCGGGCAUGCCCAUGAUCAAGCUUCAGACCGUGCGACACUUUGCCAUCGACAAACUGAGCGGAGAACUCACUGUCAAUUAUCCUCUGGCUGCCAACAUUGAGAUCUGGCUGAAUCUCAGUGUCACGGAUAUAGAUGGCCUAAAGGACACAACCUGCAUGCGUUUCACGGUCAUCGAUGUGAACAAUCACGUGCCUGCCUUCAAAAAGUCCUGGUACAGCUUCGACACCGCCGAGGGGGACUACAAGGACAGUGUCCUGGGUCAGGUGCUGGCCAUCGACAUGGACUACGGCGAGAAUGCAAACAUCACCUAUACUCUAAACGAUCCCGAACUGCCAUUUACAGUGAAACCCGCCUCGGGAGUGCUGAAGAUCAACGGGCAGCUGGACCGGGAGCUGAAAGCCAAGUACAAUUUCCAGGUGAUCGCCAGCGACAAUGCGGAGCCACUGCAGCGACUGUCGAGCAGCGUGGAUGUGGAGGUGAAUGUCCUGGACAUCAACGACAAUCGUCCCGAGUUCAUUGGCUACGACGACCUAACAAAGGCGGUCAAGUAUAUAGCCGAUCUGCCCGAUCGCACCAUGAUGGUGCCGGUUUACAAGGCCUACCUGGACAGGAGUACCCUGCCGGGCAUGUUCGUAAAGCAAGUGAAUGCUAUAGACAAGGAUUACGUGGGCAAUGGCAAUGGACUCGUACUGUAUUCGAUUCUGCAUCAGGAGAUGCAUGCACCCGUCUUCCAGAUAGACUCUCGGGAUGGCACCAUUACCACCGUCUCAAAUAUUAGAGGGUAUAAUGACUAUGAGCACUUGAACGUCUCGGUAAUUGCCUCCGAUCUGGGGAGUCCGGCGCUCUCAGCCACCGCCGUGGUGUUGAUUAAUCUGCAGGGUCAAGCAGUCACUGAACCAACGCCACCUCCCAAGCCAGAGAUUCCCAUCAAUGUGACCGUCUUCCAGCAUCCGUACUAUGACGUCCAGCUCACUGAGAAUAACGAGGCACCCAUUGAGGUGAUGCGUCUGAAUCUGUCGGCGAGUUUGAAUGCCGAGAACUAUCGCUGGUCUCUGUGGCUGGAGGAGGGACUGGACGAGUCGGACGCACAUCCUCCCUUUGAGUACGAUGCGAAGAAUAUGCUGUUGUAUGCUCUCAAACCCUUCGAUAGGGAACACAUCUCCCGCUAUCAGCUGAGGGUUCGUGCCGAUCGCUUGAGCCGGGAAGCCCGAAACUACGCCAGGGUCAGCUAUCCGGUGGUGGAUGAAAGGGUCGAAGGUCUCGCACCCAGCGAGUGCCGCAUUCUCGUUCGCAUUGCGGAUGAGAACGACAACUCGCCCAAGUUCCAAGGCAAUGGUCAGCCCAUUGUUGCAGUGCUUCCUCGCAGCGCCAGCUUCGGCUACCACGUGACCCGAGUAACUGCCUCGGAUGCGGAUGAGGGUCUCAAUGCGGAAAUACACUAUCGCCUGCUCAAUGAGCCCACCAAACUCUUUGGCAUCGACGAGCUCACAGGCAACAUUCGUCUUUUAGGCGAUCUGCCUCUGGACGAGCGCAUCUAUGGCUUCGAUGUGAAGGCCACCGAUCGCAUGGGCGCCGACGAUGGACGCAGUGGCAUUGUCAAUGUCUUUGUCUACAUCAUAGAUGAGUCCAAGCAGGUGCGACUCGUUGUCGCCGGCAAACCCGUGGACGUGGAGCGUCGCAUCGACAGCCUUAUGGAGGCUCUCAGCUCCGCCAUUGGGAAGGAUGUGCGUGUCCGACUCCUGGAGCCGAAUUCAGGUGGACUCGAAGUCGCCACCAAUGCCUACAUCUACGCAGUUGAUCUACAUACCAAUGCCAUUGUGGAGAUGGAGCAGUUACAAGAAUCCUUGGCUGGACUGCAGUUGGAUGCGUUGCAGUUGCAACAGCAGCAGUUGCAACAUUUGGAUGGAUCCAAGACAAUGCCCCGCAUCAUCGAGUUGGCCGAGUUUGGAGAAGCCCCCCAUCCCACGCACGCCUCUGUCUCCCACUUUAUGGGAGGACUGGAGUAUGUAACUCUGGUGCUCCUGGCGCUGAUCAGUUUGGGAGCUGCCAUUGCCGCCUGUUGCUAUCUCUGUCUGCGCCAGAAACGACAACUCUGGUCACAACGCGACUUUGCCACCUCGGAAGCCGGUCUGACUUAUACUAUAGCUGGGAUAAAUCAGUCCAGAUCGCAGCAGCGACGUCAGCGUCAGCAGCGACACACGCAGCGCUGCAGCAAGGGAAGCAGCAAAAACAACAACAACAACAAGAACAUUAGUCAGAGACCAACUAGCGCCUUUUUGCCUGAAUCAGUUUGCUCCUCGGCGCAGACACAAUCGACGGCAACUGCAACCGAGAAACUGGAACAACAGUUGCAUCAUCAUCACCAGCAACAGGCUUUGGCAACACAGCAGCAACAUCAUCAAUACCUCAACGAGUAAGUGGCAAGCAAACAGCAGCAGAGAGAGUAUAUAGACGUGCCCCUGCCCAAGUCCAUUGCCAAGGCAGCUGCAGCUGCCUCCUCAGUCGAUGCUCCGUUUGUGCUUAAGUACAACUCCUGUCAACCCGUCAACAAUCUCAACAAUUACGAAACAUCCCUAUUCUCGCUGCAUUCCACGGGUCAGGAUUCGGGCGUGGAGUUCCUCAGCAGCCGGGAGUUGUAUGAAACCUCGCCGGAUUCCUUUCACAGCAACUCCAAGCGAGGUGGCAACAAUGGGGAGCUGCUUUGUCCCAGGCACGCCAAGGCGCAUCUGGAGCUGCGUCAGCAUCCCAACACAGACAGCAGUGAUACCUAUGAGGAUUCCCUCAAAACCGAUGAGCCUCUGGUGGCCCACAAUUGUCGCAGUGGCAGCUGUGAGCGUCGACAGCAUCAUCAGCUGCAACAUCCUCAUUAUCAGAAUACCAAGUUCGAGAAGCGCUCCUCCUGUGUCCGUCACUCGUUCUCCGGCGUAAAGGACGACCUCAUGCAGCACUCGCCGCAGAUAUCCUUGAGGCCACGAGGACACGCUCUGCGCAACUCGAUGAAUGAUCUGGAGCAGCGACUGCACAAUCUCGAGCAAUCCUUUCGACGUCCGCUCGAGUUUAGCAAAUCGAACUCCUUGUUUUAGUCAAUAAGUUAACCAAGUGCAAUCUCUAGUUUGUAGAUCAGAUAAUAAUACUAUUUAAGAAUCAAGUGCAAUAAAUCAAGCUUUCUUUAAUAUAUCU